GCGACAGUGGCGCUGAACAGUGUUCGAAAAUCCCCAUAUCCAAUAUAGGUUGAACAUUAACUAGGAAAAUGUUAGCAAAAACCUUUUCAAUGUAACACAAUUUUGAUUUUUGCUUGACUACGACAUGUGCGACUCACCUGAAAAUCAAACGCUCCAGGCUCGUCUGCGAAGUUUGGAAGAGUUGACCGAGUUCACCGAGAACUGCCAUAGACAACUGAAUGAGCUGUUGGAAACGCUGGGAUGGAGACAGGACCUGGACAACGGCUCAGUUCAGGUAGGUAGGAAGCUAGUUAGCUAUAUUUUUUCAACUGCUCAGAUUCCAGGGGUGGUUCACCUAGCCCUGAAAGCGCGGCGUCCUUUAUAGGGCUAGUUUACACCAGAAUCAAUGUUUUCAUGACGUUACCUGAGCUAAUAAUACAUAUUUAAAAUGUGCACCAUCUGUUGUGUAUGUGUAAUGCAAUGAUGUCAUGUCAUAGUAUUAUGAAGACAGAGGAAGAGUUAAGAGAUGAGUGGUUUGGGGCCAUGAAGUCUACAUUCCUUAUGUCAAGGUAGAUUAGUGAUGUUUAGAAUAGCAUGAGUGAUGGGCAGUAUAGUGACUUGGGGGUAAGGGUGAUGAACAUCAAAGACAGGUAGUGCCCAUGGAGACUUGCCAGAUGUAUGCCAGGAGGAGGGUAAUAAAGGGUAUAUAAGGUAGAGUGUCUUCUUUGUUCAAGUUAGUUCGUAACAUCAAGGGCAAAGCUCUGGUCAUUGUUGUAACGAACCCAGUACCGAUCAUUAAAUAUUUGCAUUAACUUUCUACAAAGUGUCUCAGUAUAUCCUUGCAUCCUUGAUUCUUUGAACACCCGAGAAACUCAUCAUAACAUGUAGUUAGUUCGAUAUAAGGCCUCCAAAUGAAUGGGAAAACCAUAAAUGAUGGGCGAUUCAUUAAGUCUCCGUACACAUGCAUGCUACAACAAACAGAGAGGAGAUUAUAACUUGUAAAUGUUCUUCCACAGGAGCCGAUGGAGGUGUGCCCCUAUGACCCGAACCACAGAGUGCCAAGCAGGAGCAUGGAGAGACACAAAGCCACCUGCCAACUCAGCCAGAUGGGCUACUCCCAUGAGGAACAGGUUAAAGAGCUAUACUGUAUCACAUACGCACACACCACACACACACACUCAACUGAAAUAUCAACUGAGCCAUCAACAUCUUUUGAUGUAGCUUGUCAUUAGGGUAAGGAGUUAUUCCGGACCAUAGGGCUAGACCUAGAAAAACUGGACCCUAUAACUAGAGCAGACCAAAGUUAUUUCUGGUGAGGUCAAAUGAUCAGGAAAAACUAUCCACCCUAAUGAUACAACAACCUUAUCUGUUAUUAUGUUCUUAAAAGCUUUUAUAAAACGUUAACUCCUUUCCUUUCCCAAGGCUGAGAUGUAUGACCCCUCUGUGUGUUAUGAGAAUGCCAACAUUACCAGCUUCACAAUGGGUGAGUGUCACACUAUUCCACUGCAAAGUGAAUCUCAACUUAAUGUAGUAGUCACAAUUCCCUGAACUGACCCAGGGUGGGGGAGCCCACUGCUUGUCUCACAUCUUUCUUUGUGUUCUGCCUCACCUGUAGACAAACACACACAACAACAAGUGAUUCUUCAAGCAAGAGCAAGUGCACCACCAAUUAGGACAGAGGGACUGUACAGCCAAAGUAAGAUCAUUACACCCCUACACUUGUGUUAGGUCACUGAUAAAACCCUAUGCUUGUAUUCAUGGCUAUCAGCAUUAGUUCGACUCUGUGGUAGACAUGUCCCACAAAAUAUUUAUGCUUUUAUUCUGGAGAAGCAAUUAAUGGUCAUUUCACCAAAGAGCAACCAAUGGUACAAUUUUUUUUACGAAGUUCGUAGGUCUUCAGUGCCUUGCCCAUGUCUAAAAAGGUCUCAAUUAACAUACAUUAAUUCAUUAUAAACACGGCUAAAUAUGGUGGCUGUUGUUUUUUCUUUUAUUAUAUAGUUUCUUUGAGUUUGUCAUCUGUAUGUGUUCUGUGUUUUGUUUUCAGUGACAGGGGUGAGUAAUAACAGGAGGUUCUUCCCUCGUUCAGGCUUACUGAUUACGUGCAGUAUCCUUUAAUGCCAUAUCCUUUCAAACAUGCUGCCUCUGUUGGCGGCAUUACACACGUGCACGCGUACACACACAUUUUCCCUGUACGUGUUGGGGAAAGUCAUUUACUCUUUUCUAACCCUUUCAUACUGAAGGUGUGAGUGAUCAUCUCAAUGUGUUCUUAAAAGCUUUUGAAUUAGUGACUUGUCAUGACUCUCUGUACUCUGUGUGAUAGUGUUGUAGCAUGUGAGUGUGUGUAAAGCCCUUUUCAUUGUGCUGCAGGUGAAUACUCCACAGACCCUUCAGAAGUUCCUCAGAACCACAAGCGAGCUAUCUGUGACCUUACUAUGGCAGACCGAUUGGCUCUUUUCGAUCACGUGACAAGGGAGGCCAGCCAACAGAAGGAUCAAGCUGGAGCAACUAACAACGAGGACCUCUAUGUUGAUUUGGUGGCCAAGCUCAAAAAGGGUAGGCCUAUAAACAUUAACUAUUGAGAUCAGUAGGAUGGUUUAAGCCAAUUUUCCUAUGAAUUACUCCUCUAAAGCCAUUCCACUGAGUCUGUUGUGUUUGUUUCUGUUCUCUAGGUAACGAUCAGAACGAGCACAAGUCUCACCUGGAGCUGAUGGCUGAGAUGAGGGACUACAAGAGACGUCGGCAGUCUUACAGAGCCAAGAACGUACACAAUACCAAGAAGUCCUACACUGAGGUGUGUGGGGAUGUGACUGUUUCAAUAGAAUGUUAAUGGCUGUACUUUACUUUGAGAUGUGUGUGUGUUAUAUCUGGUUAUGUUUUUCAUGAAUCGUGCAGGUGAUUCGGGAGGUGAUUAAUGUCCACUCUGUUGAACUGUCCAGUCAGUGGAAAGAGGAGAGGAAGGAGGAGGUUAGAGAGUCCAAACAUGCCCCUCACAGGUAAUCCAACCAUUGUCUUCUCACCUACGUGAUGCCUCAUACAAAAUCCAAUUAGUACUGUAAUACUCAUCUGAGGAGCAUGUGGAUUUAAAAAACCCGGGACCGUUUUGUCUCUCAGGAGAAUGUCUGAGGACAGGCGCUCUGCCUCCACAGAGUCCCGCCAAUCUCACGUCAGCUCCAGGGACGGACACGGCUCCCACCACAAACGCCACCGUAACACAGAGCGCAGCAAAGACCCCAGCCCAGAGCAGAGCCAGGAGCGCAGCCGAGAGAAGGAGAGCAAGAGGAAGAGAAAGAGGUGAGUCAGAGAGUAGUGGCUUGCAUUCACAUCUGACAGUGUUUAAUUGUAUGAAGUCACCAUCAAGGUUGUUUGCAGACAUUCAGUGGUUGAUGAAUGCUUUGGCUGUAUACAUGUUUGAUAGGUUUUUACCUGUUGGUGAAUUGAAUGUGUGUUGGCAUUCACAGGGAUUCCCGGUCCCCGGAUGAGAGACCUCAUGAUCGAAAGAAGAAAAAGAAGAAGAAGAAAAAGGAAGAGAAGUGA